AGCUAGCCAGCAGGGGUUGGGGUCUCCAAUAAAAGGAUAUAUACUGGGUAGCAGGGGAGACGAGAAGCUUAGUUUCAGAGGUCAGUCUGUGUGGAGGAGUGCCGGCCAUGGCCGUUGAGGUAUAUUAGGCUAGGCUAUAUCUCUAUUUAUCACAACGUACCUAGGUACUGUUCAACUAGCUAUACAUAGCUGCCUAGCUAUAUUAUUUGGCGGCAUCGACGACAUGGGGAGGCCGCCAUGCUGCGACAAUGGCGGCGCCAGCGUGAAGAAGGGGCCAUGGACACCCGAGGAGGACAUCAUCCUUGUCUCCUACAUCCAGCAGCACGGGCCCGGGAACUGGCGGUCCGUGCCGGAGAACACCGGGUUGAUGAGGUGCAGCAAGAGCUGCAGGCUGCGGUGGACAAACUACCUCAGACCCGGGAUCAAGAGAGGGAACUUCACCCAGCAUGAGGAAGGGAUAAUCAUACACCUGCAGGCAUUGCUUGGCAACAAGUGGGCAGCAAUAGCCUCCUACCUCCCCCAAAGAACAGACAACGACAUCAAGAACUACUGGAACACACACCUCAAGAAGAAAGUGAAGAGGCUGCAACAACAAACACAUCCUGCAGAUCACUUCUUCCAGCAUACAUCCACUGCCACCAAUGCAGCUGAGCAAACCAUUAGCAUGAAUUACUACAACCCUAGCAGCAGCAACCUCGACUCCGCCAUGCAAGCCGCCAUGGGUUACCCUGAGACCACCACGGGCAACGUUGCACCUGCCGCCAUGGCCGUCUCGAAGCUCUUCCAGUCUUGGAUGCCGAAGGCCCCAUCGCCGGAGAUGGCGGACUACAAGGGUAUGGUGGCCAUGCAGGAGUUUCAGACCGAUCGAGAGGAUGGUGCUACAGCUUCAAUGACCAGUGGCCACAGGUUCUCGUCCUCGGAGAUAUUGGCCGGCCGUGACGAGGCUGCCACGGCCACCACCUUCUCGGUGCUCGAGAACUGGUUGCUCGACGACAUGGCACCGGGGCAGGCUGCCAUGGACGGGCUCAUGGACAUCUCUGCCGGUUGCUGUGCAAACCCCAUCAUGUUUUGAUAGGCCCUGUCUGUUUCUUACCGCUCCUGGUCGCCAAUCUUGUGUUUCCGGUUAAUAAGCCGUUGGUUUUAUAAAGGUAUAAUAAAAGAGAGAGAUGACGAUCUCCAUAUGUCCUCCUUAUCCCCGUCGCCCGCUUGUUCUUAGA